UAAGGUGUUGAGUUUCUUCAACGGAGGACUGGUUGCAGUGUGUGCCCUACAGGCUGGAGAGCUGGGACCUGCUGUAGUGGGGCUUUAUACCCAAUUACUGGAGAAAAAACAGGGCUAUUGGAUAGUUUUUGGUCACUCCAGACAAACUUCUCACUUUGUCUUUUUUUUUUUUUUUUUCAGAACAAACCCUUCAUGAUGUCAAUCAAAAAGGAAGGUGCCCACAAGAAGUGGGCUGCCCUGAAGGAGAAACUCGGACCCCAGGAGACUGACCAGUCAGAGGCCAACCUGGAAAAUGCAGAGCCAGAGCUGUGCAUCCGUCUCCUGCAAAUGCCCUCAGUGGUGAAUUACUCUGGGCUGAAGAAGAGGCUGGAGAACAGUGAUGAUGCCUGGAUGGUCCAGUUCCUGGAGCUGUCUGGGCUGGACCUCCUGCUGGAGGCCCUGGACAGGCUGUCUGGGCGAGGAGUGGCCAGGAUAUCCGAUGCCCUGCUCCAGCUCACCUGCAUUAGCUGUGUGCGAGCGGUGAUGAACUCCCACAAAGGCAUAGAAUACAUUGUGAGCAACGAGGGCUACGUCAGAAAACUCUUCCAAGCACUUGACACAACUAAUGUCAUGGUCAAAAAGCAAAUAUUUGAGCUCCUGGCUGCACUGUGCAUUUACUCAUCAGAUGGCCACUCUUUGGCUCUGGAUGCCUUGGACCAUUACAAGAGUGUGAAGAACCAGCAGUAUCGAUUCAGCAUAAUCAUGAAUGAGCUCUCCAACACAGACAAUGUGCCAUACAUGGUGACACUGCUGAGUGCUAUCAAUGCCAUCAUCCUGGGGAAAGAAGAGCUAAGAACAAGGACACAAAUCAGAAAUGAGUUCAUAGGGCUUCAGCUGUUGGAUGUUUUAGACAAACUAAGGUAAGGAUCUCUACUUAUUUUUUUUUUUUAAAUGAAAUUCAUAGUGAAGUAGCUGUGGAAACAUAAUAUUUAUCCAACCUUCUGUUGUGUGAAGUGUAGUGUGCCUGGGUGGAGUGGACCAUGCCUGUGUGCAUCCAUUCUAUGGGAGCUAGAGGCAUUUGGCCAGUGUUAAAAUGCUCUUGCCAACAACAGUGUCACGGGGACAGCUGUUGGCACAGAUGGCAUGUACAGAGGCUCUGGGCACAGAUGGAGUAGCAAUGUCCUCAUUGAGGCUGUUUCAGACUGAAUCUGAAGCAAUGCUGUGGGCUCACUGAGCAGCUCGCUGUGUUCAAAAUCACUUCAC